AUGGCUGACAAAAUCCCGGCGGCUCUCCGCGAGCGACUGCGCGACAUGUCCUUUAGCGCCUCCGACGCCCGUGAUGCGCUCCGCGGCGUCUCCGUGCCCGUGGCGCUCGGCCGUCGUGCCACGCGGCUCUGCGUAAUCCGCGGUAUACGGCACCACCCAGUCUUUGCGCGCAGCCCCGCAGCGCAGGCUCUGCGGGCGUGGCCCGAGUUUGCGCGCGCUCUCAACGCGCGCGCCAUCAUGAGCGACUGCAUCCCGGACAUGACAGGUGACGGGGACGACGUGCCGUACUGCAUCUGGCACCCGACCACGGCCGCGGAAGACACGUACCGGGAGCUGGCGCGGCGGUACCCGCGCAUGGCGUACCAGGUCGCGCGCGCGUGCGCGGUGGCGGGGUAUGCCGCGCUGUAUAAGGAGCUGCGGGAGGCGGGCAGCGUGCUGCCGGACGUGGCGGUCGCCGAGGAGGCGAGGGCGUGCGGCAGCGGCGAGGUCUACGAGGCGGUCAUGGGCGAACCGGUCAAGUACCGCGUCAUGGACGACUACAGCCGCUCGAUUCUAAGUGACCCGCAGCCGUCAGGACUUAAUGGGGAUACGGCGGUCCGGCCGAUGCUCGAGGCCAAGCAAGCGCUGACAACGCCCAGCGGCUACGAGGAACGCCUUUUCAGUGAUGGCUCGGACGAUGAUGACAUUGACGACAUGUUUGACAUGUUUGCCCACCCCGGCUUCGAGGACGCCACGUUCGACAUUACCGAGGACCUCUGCAUCGACGAGCUCGCCAGCCCGGAGCCCACCUUUGGCCCCGCGGACCUCGCCAUGGCCGCAUACCUCGCCAAACCACUCCCUGCAGACCUGCCCGCCGGCAACAAGAACGUACUGAUCCUCGCUGCCGCCUACUCUGGCAACAUGGACCGCUACGCGCGGCUGCGCCGCCCGCGGAUGGUUGACGGCGAGGCCGCCUGCGUCGCGCGGGGCAUCUACCACAACCCCUUCUUCGCGACGUGGUGGGGGGCGACAGCCGUGGGAAGCCGGGCGGAAGGGCUGCUUUUGCCCCGGGAACCCCGACGCCACGCCGCGUGGGUGGCGCGAGCGGUGCACGCGCGCAUGAUUAUGAGCAACGACCUCAGCAGGCUGACGCCCGAGGUGCCGCGCGAGCACCUGCCGUAUCUCAUAUGGUACCCGGCGGUCGCGACGAGGUCCACGUACAGGGAGGUGGCGCGGCGGUGCCCGGCGAUGCGUGCGGCGGUGCUGCGCGCGGCGAUAUACACGCGCGACCGCGUGCUCUUUGACGAGUUGGUCAAUGCGGUCGAGCCAGACCCGUUUCUUCUCGGCGAGGCGCAAGCACACGACCGAGACGUGAACGAGGAUGCGUCGCCGUCGUACUUUACGCGGAGACUGCUAGAGCGGGCCGAGCAGCUGGGCCUCGCCGAGGCGAUUCGCGACCCGAGCGGCGCCGGCCGAUGGAGCUCGGCGGAGGCGUGGAAGCGGUUCAAUGUGCGUGCUGACGACGACGCGCGCUUUGGGAUGGCGCCGACGGGGAGCUGGCUGUAUGGGGAGCCGGUGGUGAUUGGCGCGAUGCAGGACCCGGGCAUCUACAACGAGGCGUGGGCGGAUGCCUCUGCCGCGGAGCUUUUCGCGUCGGUGCCGGAAACGUGGCGGCCCGGCGAGGAGCACGGCGGCGGCGUGGAUAUUGACUACGAGGAGUGGCCGCCGCGGUGA